AUGAAAGUGGCUCUCAUGAGGACCGCCACAGGAAAGGAAGACGCAGAGUCACCUCUGCUGCAGAGGGUCACCAUAUCAAGAGAAGAGAACGUGGCGACGUUCCGUGGUUCUGAGUACUUCUGCUACGACCUGUCCCAGAACCCCAUCCAGUCAUCCAGUGAUGAGAUCACACUCUCAUUCAAGACGUGGCAGAGGAACGGUCUCUUGCUCCACACAGGGAAGUCUGCUGACUAUGUCAACCUGGCCCUAAAGGACGGGGCGGUGAGCCUGGUCAUCAACCUGGGCUCCGGGGCCUUCGAGGCCAUUGUGGAGCCCGUCAACGGGAAGUUCAACGAUAAUGGCUGGCACGACAUCAAGGUCACACGCAAUCUCAGACAGGUAACCAUGGAGACUGAGCAGACAUAG